AUGGCCUUGCUGAGGUUCACCCUCGCUCCUUCCUCCGCUGCCACCCCCUGUACUGUCACUCCUGCCAGCGUCACAGCAGUUACUACUCUCUCUCCUGCUGCUGCUGCCCCUGAUGCUUCACCCCUUGGUGCCACUAUCUCUGGAGCCACUGCCCUCUCCCAGGCCUCCCGUGCUGCUCCCACUGCACAUGUAACUGCUCGUGCCUUCAUGCAAGCGGACUCAGACUCAGACUUUAUUGGUGAAUUCAUCCCCACGCCUGCCGUGACACUCACCCGAGUGCUGAUGGUCCCUGAGGACGAUGGCUUCGUCUGGCGCAAGUACGGGCAGAAACUCAUCCGAGCCUGCUCACGGCCCAGGCUGUACUUUCGCUGCGGGCAGCCCGGCUGCCCGGCAAGGAAAACCGAGGAUCGGGCAGCAGAUGGGAAGGUUUUGGGGAGGAAGUACGUGGGUUUGCACAAUCAUAAACCUCCUACUCCUUCUCCUGCUGCUGUUGCUGCUGCUGCUGCUGUGGCGGCGGCUGCUGCAGCUGCUGCUGCAGACGCUGCAGCUGCGCGGGGCAAGCUGGAAGUACGGGCCGAGCUGGACCAACAGAUGGGGGAGAUGUGCUCGGGACUGGAUGUGCAGGGAGAGGCCCGGCGGGAGCAGUGGGGGAUGAUGGGAGACGGCCGGCAUGAGCGCAUGGUGGUGGACGAGGACCAGCAGCAGGAGGACCAGCAGCAGCAAGGGGGGGAGCUGGAGAACUGGCUGCAGCAGCAGCAGCAGCAGCACGAGCAGGAGCAUGGCAGCAGCGGGUUGAUCCAUGGCAAGUCAGAGCAUAAGAGGAAGGGGUCACCGUGUGGGGGAGCAGACGGAGGGGAGGAGGGGCCCUUGGAUGCACGGGCCUGCUGCAAAUACGAGGCGCCAACAUCAGUCAAGCAGCAGUACGUGGUCCUCUCCUCUGCUCUUGAUCUCGUGCUUUCACCAUCGCGGCUGCAUUGA